ACCGUAGAAGUUCAUCCAAACUUCACUUGAGUUCCAUAAUUCUUAGUUUUAAAUUACAAAAAGAAAAAGAAAAAAAAAGAUCAUGUCAGUAAAAAGAGUAGCCCAAGACUCGAAGGGAGAGUCCUACAAAUUAGAGGUAGUUGUAGUAGUGAUUAGAGAAUAUGAUGAAGAGAGAGACAAAGAAGAUGUGGAGAAAAUGGAGAUGCAAUGUGAGUUUGGGCAACAACAAGGCAAGCCUUCUCUCAUUACUCAUCUCUUGGGUGAUCCUCUUGGUAGAAUACGCCAUUUUCCUACUCGCAUCAUGAUGAUCGCAGAAUAUGGAGGAGAAAUUGUUGGGGUAAUUAGAGGAGGUAUAAAAGCCGUCACAAGAGGUCAAAAGGCCGGUGAUCUUCCGGUUUUUGUCAAGCUUGCUUACAUUUUGGGCUUGCGAGUCUCCCCCAUGCACAGGCAAAAAGGUAUAGCGACAAAGUUGGUGAUCAAAUUAGAGGAAUGGUGCAAAGAAAAAGGAGCUGAAUACAUUUAUAUGAUGACUGAUUGUGCUAAUGAAGCUUCAAUCAACUUAUUCACCUACAAAUUUAACUAUGCAAAAUUUUACACUCCUGCAAUAUUAGUUCAACCAGUACACGCUCAUCGAAAGCCCAUAGUCUCCAAUGCUGCCAUCAUUCAAGUACCGCCACUUGUAGCUGAGUCUAUGUACCGAAGAAUCUUCUCCAACUCUGAGUUCUUCCCAAACGAUAUCGAGUCUAUAUUAUUGAACAAGCUUCAUUUGGGAACCUUCAUUGGAGUACCUAAGAGGUACCUACAAAAAUGGGAUCCGCAAAAGGGCCUUCCUCCCUGCUUUGCUAUAAUCAGUGUGUGGAACACUACAAAAGUUUACCAAUUACAAUUAAAAGGAGUGUCAAAGCUAACAAAAGUUUGUUGUCUAGGCAGUAGGGUUUUAGAUGCUCAUAUGCCUUGGCUUAAGGUGCCUUCUAUACCAAAUAUGUUUAGGCCCUUUGGGUUCUACUUCUUGUAUGGCCUUCACAUGGAAGGGAAAGGGUCUUCAGAUUUGAUGAAGAGUCUGUGCAACUUUGCACACAAUCUUGCUAGGCAUGAUGCCACGUGUGCUGCGGUUGUUGCCGAAGUUGCCCAAUGGGAUCCGGUCAGUGAAGUUAUCCCACACUCGAAGAGGUUUUCAUUAAGUGAGGACUUGUGGUGUAUGAAGAAGUUCCCAAAGAAAAGCGACCACGAUGAUUCUCAACCGUCGGAUUGGGUAACUUAUGGAUCAUCCUCAUCAACGAUCUUUGUUGAUCCUAGAGAUUUUUGAUUGCUGACGGAUCCUCUCUUUUCACACUCCUUUUUUUUCUUAUGCAACUUUCUUGCAAAGUGUGAAUGUAAAUAGUACUUAUGUUAUGCAAUUAGUUACAAAUAACAAGAUGUGCAUGUAAAUAGUGCACAUACAAUAAGGUUGGUGCCGCAUCAUGCCUAGCGUGAGCCGUAAUAGCUUGUUUGGAGGCUAGCAAACAAAAUGAAAUAUAUAGUAAAAGGAACUUACAGUAGGCAUGAUGUCUGAGCCAUAAUAGCUUGGUGGCUAGCACAGUCGAACAACAAAAUGAAAAA